AUGGGGAAUAUCUGGAGAAGGAUAUGUCUUUACAAUAUAAUCUUUCAAAAGGUCUAUGAUGUUUUCAGAAAAAACAUCGAGACAAAUAGAGAGAAGGCGGCCUGUUUUUCUGCCUAUUACAAGGGGGAGUUAGUGGUGGAUCUAUGGGGAGGAUACUCGGACAUUGAGGCGGGGCGGCCCUGGAAAAAUGACACCCUGUCCAUCAUGUUCUCUUCAACCAAAGGAGUCACCGCCAUCAUCGUGGCACUAUUCGUACAAAAAGGCUACUUGGACUACGGCAAGCUUGUUUCCUAUUACUGGCCGGAGUUUGGGAAGAAGGGCAAGGAGAAUAUAACUGUAGAUGUGUUACUAAGUCACCAGGCUGGAUUGUCCAUCACAGACGGCACUAUCGACAUCAGACUCUUAAGAACAAACCCAAGAAAGGUGGAAGAGUUUUUAGAGAAUCAAAGUCCGAUAUGGAAACCAGGCACUGCCUAUUCAUACCACGUAAUAACAUUUGGAAUGUUUGUAGACGUGUUGUUGAGAAAGGCGGAUCCAAAACACAGAAAUGUCGAUCAGAUCUUCAGAGAGGAAAUAGCUCUUCCAUUUGAUAUUGACAUCCACUAUGGACUGCCAAGAAGUGAGCUGCACCGUAACUCGAGAUUUGUUCCUCUGACUCUGACCAAUCUUAUAAAACAUACACUACGAUCCUUCAGUCUCCAUCAACUCAAAAUUUUCUUCACCUUUCUGAACCCAUGGUCAAUGUUUAUGAAGGCCAGCUAUUCCGGAUUUAAUCAGGAACUCACGUUUGCUGCCUACAACAAUCCAGAUUUAAAUCAAAUUCCUUUUACAUCAUUCCUUGGAUUCGGUAAUUCUCGAUCAUUGGCGAAACUUUGGGGGAUUUUAGCUAACGGAGGGACCUAUAAGAACACCACUCUUCUAAAUUCCUCUAUGAUUAACAUGCUGGGAACCCCUUUAACAAGUGGACGAAGUGAGGACGGACUGUUUGACGUAGCGGUAGGACGAGGGGUCUUCUUCUUGCCAACACCUCAGGGACAUUUAUCGUUUGGACAUCCAGGGUAUGGUGGGCAAACGGCCUAUGCUGACGUCAAGAAUAACGUCGGGAUCGGAUACCUCACGAGCUACCUCAAGUCUUUCACGCUCGGAGACGACGAACAAUUUCUCGAGUACGAAGCAGCCUUCUACGAGUGUCUGGAAAAAUAUAUGAAAGAAACCACUUCACCUAAUAGUUAUAGUUCACAAAAAGAAAUAGGAAAAUUAGAUGAAUCAGUUUUGCCGACUAAGUGUGAGGAUUCAAAUUCCGCUUAAGAAAAGAUAUAAUAUACCUCUUUAUUAUAUCCUGGCUUGAAGAAUGGGAGAGAAUUUAGUAAUCGGGGUGUAUGUCCGUCCGUCCGUCUGUUUGUAUGUCCAUCCGCCUGUUACGCUUUUGGGGUACCCAUCGCUUAUCCGCAACUCCUCUUAUAUCGCUGAAUGAAAUUUAAUGAAACUUUUACAAAAAUUUUGUGACAUAAUGCCAUUUUGCACCUCGUAUUUUACUUUUUGUUCGGACACAUAUUUCGGAUUUUCGCAAAACAUUGAGAAUACCUUUCUAUAACAUUGAAGGGCAUAGGCAUCGGAACCGAUGGGAGAGGGGGCUUAGUCCCCACACUUUUUGGCAAAUAUAUACAUAAUAUAGGCAUUGAAAAUUGAAGUUUACCUUUUAUUGUCGGUUUAGUCCCCCCCCCCCCCCUUUUCAAUUUGCUUCCGACGCCCAUGAAGGGUACCCAUCUCUAAUCCGCAACUCCUCUAUACCAAUGAAGAAAAUUUACCGAAUUUCACAGAUUCUUUCAUUACAUAAUGCCAUUGUGCACUUUUUUAUCGUCACCAAGAGUAAAGCAUGGACUUUGUCAUUAUAAUCAUAUGGGAAGCGGGGGUAUCAUUUAAUGAGCUCAGUGCUCACAGUACCUCUAGUUAGUCUAGAUUCAAUAUUUAGAACCAUUUUUGGGUUAAUGAAAAAAAUAAAUCUAUAGCGAUACACCUCCGGUACUCGUGAAAGAAAUAGUCGCCUGCAUUCUCCAUGGUUAAAGUAUGAUUCAAGUAUUUGCUCUAAGGUCGUAGAAUAGGGAUUUGAUUUUGAAUCCCACUACAGGACUAUGAGACUUUGAGACCGUAUAAACGUAGGUCCCAUAUCCCAUAGGCAAUCUCCAUGUAAUUCUAUAAAUGGCGAAUGAUAUAUAAAAAGUUCAGCGGCGGAUCCAUGAAUAUCAGAUCGGAGGAGAGUAGAAGGUGAGGUUUUUUAGGCAUUCAAAGCCCCUUGAGGAUCCAAGACAAACCCCUGGUGUGGGUGGCCCAGAAAACUGAGGAAAUUCUUUUUUUUUAAAGAAAUCAGAUGUGUUUUCCCGCUGAUUUUAGGAUAGUGCAAACAAAAUUAAAAAAAAAAAAUAUCAAAGCGGGGUGGGGGGGGCACCCAGCGCUUGAGCUUUGGACCCGCCUUUGAUGUCUACCCCUCUAUACAGACGGGUAAACCUAUUCACCGGUAUACAUAUAUAUAUCAUGUGCAAAAUUACAUGAGGAGCGCCUAUAUGAUCUCCCGCUGCUAAAUGGCAUCGACGAGGUCUAAUAUUUGUAGACCUCCAUGAUGGCAUCUUGAUAUGAGUGAAUAAUUCUCGAUAGGAAUUCAGAGAGAGGAACGAGCAACAACUCUACAUAUGAGAUUAUUAUACAUGAAAUAUUUUACGAGUAUAAUCCUAUGUUCUCUGUGAUAAUAUAUUUAUAUGUGCAAUACUAGUAUUGCAAUACUAGUAUUUGAAACUAUAUUUUAUAUACAAUAUCUAUAAAAUAUACAGUAUUAAUACAAUAUCUAUGAAUAGUUUAAAUACUAGUAAUUACCGGUGUUGUAUUUUUUUAUCAAUAUUUUAUAUAUUAUACGUUUAUGAAGUAUAUCAAAAAUAAAAUUUCAUGAUAUUUUUAUCAUGCAAUAUUAAGCUUGCCAGGCACGUAGCAUCGUUUUUGAAAGUGGGGGGCCAACCACAGAAAAUUAAAUUUACUUACCUGAAAAAGUUGACAAACAUAAAAAAAAAUUUAAAAAAAACCGAAAAGUUAAAAUGUCGCCCAAAGUCGAAAAAAUAAAUUUCUUGAGGGGGGGGGGGGGGCUUUCCUACAAUUCCUUGAUAAC